UUCAAGAAUUCACCACUUUCGGUCGUUAUGAAUAAAUUCCUGAGAAAAAUAGUCGAGGGUGGUUUCAUCGAAAAAUGGAAAUUUGACGUGAUCGACGCCAUGGUUACUAAGAAGCAACAAGAAGCUGCAGCUAGAGACAGUCCAAGAAUACUGGAUAUCACCGAUGUGCAAAUCGCAUUUUAUAUUUUAAUUAUUGGGAACUGUUUAGGGUUUAUUAGUUUUGUCAUUGAAAGAUACCUUUUCGCCAGAUCAUGCAAAAAAUUGCAGAGACAUUUUAUGCUUUAAAAACC